AUGAUGUCCGAUACGUAUCAAAGGAUUCAAGCGCAAUCUGAUAAGGAAUGGAAAUUCGGUCGUGCGAUCCUGAUUCGACAAAUGAAUAAGCGAAGCGCCACUCCUUCUCCAAUCAAUAUGGUCACUAAGCUGUUUGUUGUCCUCAAAGUAGCCUUCCAGAACCGCUUACGUGUGUGCACCCAAAAAGCACAGCAGGACCUGCGAUUCGAGGAGAACAUCGACGCAUUUUCUAUGGGUGGAGGCCGCCAUGGUCGAACCAGUCCAACGAUGAGAGAAGAUGGCACAGAAGAAGGUGCUGAGCUGGGAGCAAGUUCUGAUUGGAGUAUCGAGACGGUGAUCGACUGGAAACGCAUCGUUUCGAUGUACUACCAGAUGAGCGGCAGGAAAGAGGACCAAGAAGAAGGUGAAGAGUAG